ACAGAGGGAGGAGACAGGCUGACAGAGGAAAGGGAAGCAGGUUUGCAAAGUGCAUGCUAUACAGAGUGCAAGCCUCCAUGCUCGGUCUCUCAGGCCUGUUUCGGAGCUCGGGGCUGCGGCCUUUCUUUGGCGGGCUGCGCGGGCUGUGUGCUGGAGCCUGGCGGCCGGAGACUCACCGCGAGCCCGGGGCUGUGCGGCCUAUCUACCCCCUGCAGCUGUGCCCGGCCGGCAUGCUCACACAGAGCGCGGCGAUUAGACACUACACACAGAGCUCUAAUGAUCCUGGAGGCACAAAUCCGGGAAAACCUUCAAAUGAUGAUUCUAUUAAAUUGAGCAAGACUCAGCAAUUGAAGAAGGUUUUUAAGGAAUAUGGAGCAGUUGCAGUCGCAUUCCAUGUUGGAAUUUCGUUAGUGUCCCUUGGGAUUUGUUACGUUCUUGUUUCCAGUGGCCUUGAUGUUUCAGCACUUCUCCUUAAAAUUGGCUUCAGUGAAACGGUGGUCCAAUCAAAGUUGGCAGCAGGGACCAGUAUUUUUGUGUUGGCGUAUGCCAUUCAUAAACUCUUCGCUCCUGUGCGGAUUAGCAUCACUUUAAUAUCUGUUCCCUUCAUCGUCAGAUAUUUUCGAAAGAUUGGUCUCUUCAAACCCCCUCCUCAGGCCCAUUAAACCAAAACCAAAAAAAGCUGAAUAUUGCUUUUUCUUAGAGAAUUAUGUAAGUUUUAAAGAAAUUAUAUGAUCAAAUGUAUGAAUAAUACAUUGUGAAACAAAUAUUGUAUUGAUUGUACAAGAUAAAUAUUGUGUUGAUGGUACAAGAACAAAAAAAACAACAACCAUUCAACAAGAUACCACUAAAUCUUGUUUUAUCUGGGUCGCAGUCGAAUUAGCUGUGUUCGGGACACCGUCAAGAUACAGAGAAAUUAAUGAAGCUUAUCUACUAAACAAUUAAUUUUAAACCUGAAUUGAAACAUUUAGAUCAAACUUCUUUAUAGUUACAGAGUUAUUCACUACAAUUUGAAACGGCAGAAAUUUACCACUGAAUUGCAGUUAGGAUCAUAACAGCUGAGCUGGAAGCAGUAGAAUGGGAUAGUUUUUCCAAUUUGGCCUAAAAUUUGAGCAUUCCAGGUGAGUUUAUGCCAGUUCAGUUCAGAGAAUAAUCCAGAAUAUUGGCCUAUUUUAGCCAAAAUUUUCAAGCUUAGUUUCCAGCUUACUAUCUAGUGAAUAAGACCUAAAGGAUGUUUCAGACCGGCUACAUGGUGUGAAUAAAUACGCCUUACUCUAGAGCUAAAUGAAUCCUGUAAUGUAAAAUUGACAGUGCCUUGUUUGCAACGGAUAAUAAAGUUUUGUUGAUUGUUCAUUUAA